GUGCCAGAGAACUCGCUGGAACUAUAUCGAAAAUAAACAAUUCCGUCGCGGAUCAUUCAACUAUAAAAAGGUUACACUCUUUCAUCGGAGACAGUCUCACACUAGCAUCGAGUCUUGCAAAAUGUGCUCAAAGUUUUCAGCGUUGGCUUUGCUCUGCGCCGCCUCCUGCGUCCUGGGGGCGGAAGUGAAGGACAAAAGACAGGUUGGAAGCGUCACUUUGCAAAAGGACGACCAUCAAGUGGCCGAGACGCAUGGCUUCGGCGCCCCGGCGGCCGUGCACGCGGGCAGCAAAUACUUCCAGGAUAUGUACACGGCCCAGCACUCUCCUCACGAGAUUGAGUUUGGGCACGUGUGCGAAUCGCCUCAAGAGUGGGAGCAGCGUUUUGAAAAGAUCAAUUUUGAGGAUUUGAGUCAUCAAGGAAAGGUGAGAUGGGGCGAUAAGCAUGGAGGGUAUGGGGAACACUACUGGGAUUACAACCAUGCCGGUCAUCAUGACGGUGGAGGUGAAGAAAGUCAACAGAAGGAAGAAUAUGUUGCCUAUGAUGAGAGUCAACAAAGUCCGACCUAUGUUGCUGGUGGGAGGGGAAAAAGACAGCCGAAUGGUGACGGAGACGUCGAGUUUAUAAACGAAAAUGCUAGGGCUUUGGUCUUGAGUGGAGUAACAGGGAAACACGGGGGGAAUUACAAGAGGGAGAGGGAUUACGAGAGGGGCAAAAGGGAAGGGAAGAAAUUAGACGGGCGGGAUUUGGUCUACGACCAAAAGAUGGGGUUGAUUGUUGACCAGAAAACUGGGAUUGCGUACGAGUUGAAGCCGGUUGUUGAAUAUUAAGAGAAUCUUUUUAUAGUUUUUUGUACGUUUGUUGACUAGUUUUUAAUAAAUAUACUUUUAAUAUUU